CGCGAGGGCGCGCUCUCUCCGAAAGAGAAACGCGUGAGUGUAGUCGAUGUGCUACUAGUACAACUGGGAGCGCGCGUGCGCGUGUAUUUGCGUUUCCUCGCAGUAAGUUGAGGAGCGCGACAUAUUUCAGUGCAAAGGAAGGUUGCUUACCUUUACGAAGUCUAGAUAAAUAGUCGGUAAUUUUCCGUGAAAGUAGUUUUUUUUUUUUUGCUAAGCAGUGAAAACAUGUCUGCCCCAGCAGCUAAAGUGAGUAAAAAGGAGCAGAACUCGCACCACGAUGGAGCGGACGAGACCUCUGAAAAAGAGCAACAGGAAGCUAUUGAGCAUAUUGAUGAAGUCCAGAAUGAAAUUGACAGACUGAAUGAACAGGCCAGUGAGGAAAUCCUCAAAGUCGAGCAAAAAUACAACAAGCUUCGCCAGCCAUUCUUUCAGAAGAGGUCAGAACUCAUUGCCAAAAUUCCCAACUUUUGGGUCACUACAUUCGUGAAUCACCCGCAAGUCUCUGCUCUCCUUGGUGAGGAGGAUGAAGAAGCACUUCACUAUCUGACAAGGGUGGAAGUAACAGAAUUUGAAGACAUCAAAUCAGGCUACAGAAUAGAUUUUUACUUUGAUGAAAACAUGUAUUUCGAAAACAAAGUCCUAUCCAAAGAAAUUCAUCUGAAUGAAAGUGGAGACCCAACUCCAAAGUCCACAGAGAUCAAAUGGAAACCAGGAAAGGACCUCACAAAUCGUUCCAGUCAAACUCAAAGUAAAGCGGGCAAGAAGAGGCAACAUGAAGAGCCUGAGAGCUUUUUCACCUGGUUCACUGAUCACUCUGAUUCAGGAGCAGAUGAGUUGGGAGAGGUCAUAAAAGAUGACAUCUGGCCCAAUCCUCUGCAGUAUUACCUGGUCCCAGAUAUGGAAGAUGAGGAAGGAGAGGGUGAGGAUGAAGAUGAAGAAGGUCUAGAAGACAUAGAUGAAGAGGGAGAAGAUGGAGAAGAGGAUGAUGGGGAGGAUGAUGAUGGAGAGGAUGACUGAAAAGUAAGAAAGUUGAGUAUAAUCCAUCACUGCUUGGUCCUGUCUGCCACAACCCAUCUGCUUCUUUGGUGAUUCUUGGGAGCAAAAAUGCAUCCUUUUUUCCCCCUUUUUUCCUUCCUGUCUUGUUUUUUUUGUGCUCCAUCUCCUGUCCUGACAGUGCCAUGUUGAAAUCCACCCAGGAAGAGACUUAAUAAACUGACUGGAAAAUACUGCCACUAUGGCAAUUAAUAUCUCAAUUCCCAAGUACAUUUUGAGGAUUAAAACAAAAGGCAAAACACACUGUAAUAUAAGCAGCACACUGUCUGGAGUAGACUUGCGAAUAGGGUAAACUUUUUAUAUAAAUAUAUAAAUGUAUAUGCAUAUUUCAUCCUGUUAGUGUGGUUAAAGGAACAAAGGCCAUGGUGUGUGAUGUGUAUUUCCAGCAUCCUUCUUAACAGCUUUGUUGCUCAUGGCGUUACAACUGCUUAGUGAUCUUGAGUUUUCCCCUCUAGCUUGUGGUUACAAGAAUAUAAAUAACAACCUUACUCCUCUCCCCUCUGUGAGCUUGUAAUUUUAUGAGGGCUGACCCUCAGUGAGUGAAGAAACAAGGGUAUUUGGUUAUACUUUUUUUUUUUUUUUUUUUUUUUUUUUUUUUUUAAAUCUUGUUUCACAGACAUUCAUUGGACUUGAAAUGACAUUUUGAUAAAAUAAAAUCUUUACAAAAACAAACAAAAAAUAAAUAAAAAAUUUGCCUGCAA